UCGCGAAAAGGGGGCGUGUGGGGAGACCGGGCCGGCUCUAGGAUCCGGAGGACGCCGGCGUCUUCCCUUGGCCAGCGAGGGGAUUCACCUGUUUUGGAAGAGGCUCGGACAGAGAGAGAGAGGUGGAAAGCCCGGGGAAGAGCUGGCUGGCUUUCUUCUGCACUUUGCAAAGGAACUUCUCGCCUCUCCCCGGAGGGUCUCCCAGUCCUGCGCCUCCGCCUUUAGCUUCGCGCAGAAGUUGUGAGCGCGCCGGUGGCCAAGGAGAAACAGAGGAGAAGUCCUGUGUGAGCGAUGGGGUGCGCCUUAUCCAGCCCAGCCACUGUGCCAGAUCCAGCUACCUUGGAAGAGAAGCUGUGCCCAGCACCAGAAGGCGGGCUGGAUUCGAUUGGAGAAAGGGAGCGUGGAGGCGAGGGGCAAACGCUCGGACCAUUCCUCCUCUCAGAGGCUCAGAAGGGGCUGGUCCGGGACUCCUGGAAAAUCCUGCACCAAGAUAUUGCCAGGGUUGGAAUUAUCGUCUUUAUCCGGCUCUUUGAGACCCACCCGGAGUGCAAAGACGCCUUCUUCCUCUUCCGAGACGUGGAUGACCUGCAGCAGCUGAAGAUGAGCAAAGACCUCCAGGCCCACGGCCUCAGGGUGAUGUCCUUCAUUGAGAAGAGCGUGGCCAGGAUGGACCAAGAGGAGAAGCUGGAACAGCUGACCUUGGAACUCGGCCGGAGCCACUUCUGGUAUCAGGCUCCCCCCAAGUACUACGAGUACAUUGGGACCCAAUUCAUCCAAGCAGCCCGACCCAUUCUGAAAGAAGAGUGGACCUCGGAGGUUGAGGAAGCCUGGCAGAGUUUGUUCCAAUACCUGGUGGCCACCAUGCGCCAAGGCUUCUACGCAGAGGAGAGGACCACGUGGGCCAACCCGUCCCUUCACUCAAGGAAGGCUGAUGCUGGAUCCGCUCCGGACAGAGCCUAGCCAGAGUCCUCUACCCAGGAAGGGGAGGCAGCCAGUGGCAGAAGCCUUGCCAGGGCCCCCCCCACCCCCACCCCUGCAGCUCCUUUUCUCUUGCAUGCAA